AUGACUUCACAAAUUGCAAUGACCGGCGUUGAGCAGGAUGGUCUCAGAAUGCCCGUCAUUGAUUUCGGAGCCUUUCGCACAGGUGACCCACAACAACGACAGCAGGUAGCUGAUCAAGUCGUUGAAGCAUUCAAGAAUUCUGGCUUCCUAUAUCUGAAGAACCACGGCAUACCGAAAGACCAAGUUCAGACAGUUUUUCGGACUUCCGCAAAGUUCUUUGAACGUCCACAGGCAGAGAAAGAUGAGCUCGCCUGGACGACACCGAGGUCAAAUCGUGGCUACGUAACUUCCGGCCGCGAAAAAGUCACGCACUCAAAUGAUCCCGAGGAGGUAGCGAAACAGAGAGCGUCAAAUCCGGAUCUAAAAGAGUCAAUGGAGAUUGGUAGAGAGGGCGUUGAAGGAAUGCCGAAUCAGUGGCCUGAUCGCUUUGGCGACGAGGACGGAAUCACAUUUACAAAAUUGAUGAAGCAAUUCUUCCUUACAUGUAAGGACCUUCACGUAAACGUCAUGCGAGCGAUAGCUGUGGGCAUGGGCUUGGAGGAGCAGUUCUUCGACACAUUCACAGACGGUGGUGACAAUAACUUACGCUUGCUUCACUAUCCGCCAGUGCGAAAAUCAGUCUUUCUGGACAAACCUGACCAGGUCCGUGCUGGUGAGCACUCUGAUUAUGGUUCAAUCACUCUGCUUUUCCAGGACAAUGUGGGUGGACUUGAAGUCAAGUCACCUAGGGGUACGUGGGUUCGCGCAACACCAAUUCCAGACACGAUCGUUAUCAAUGCUGGCGAUCUGCUGAGUCGAUGGAGCAAUGAAACAAUAAAAAGCACAAACCAUCGCGUGAUUCAACCUCCACCGAAGGACGGUGAGAUGGAAGAUGCGGACAACCCCAAUGCUUGCUUCUCGGCUCGAUAUUCCAUCGCAUAUUUCUCGGCUCGAUAUUCCAUCGCAUAUUUCUGCAACCCGAAUUUCGACACGCUGAUCGAGGCGUUACCAGGUACCUUCGAGAACGAGGCUGCUAAGAAGUACGCAGCUGUGAACAGUGGAGAUUAUCUUGAGAUGAGGCUUGCUGCAACAUACUGA